AUGUUCCCUUAUAGCUCGUUGUUGCUGGCAUUGGCUACGCCACUGGUCCAUGGAGCAAUCCACGAGUCUUUGGCCGCGUUGCCUUUCGGUUGGACACAGUCAACGCACAGCAUAUCGGCGUCGGACAGAUUGACCUUGCAAAUUGCAGUAAAGUAUCGGAACCUGGACAAGCUGGAGCCGUUGCUUGAAGCUGUUUCUACCCCUGGAAGCCCUCAGUACGGCCACCAAAUCAAAUCAUGGUUGGAGUCGCACGGCAUCAAGAUCCAGUCAAAUGACGGAACCUUGAUGACAUUCACCACCACUGUCGACAAGGCCAACACGAUACUGAACACUACGUUCGCCUACUUCACCAACGGCGCAACCACAAAGCUUGGUACAACGGAGUAUUCCAUCCCGAAUGCUCUGACCGACUCAAUCGACUUUGUCACCCCGACCACUUUCUUCGCAAGCACCAAGUUCCAGAGAGUGCUACCUCAUACUGUCAAUACCAACAAGAGGAUAGAGAAGAGACAGACUUUUUCGAACUCUUGCUUGGAGACCGUCGAAUAUGAAGGUGGUAGAUACGGACUCUUCACACCCGAGUGCUACAAGCAGCAGUUCAACAUUGGCGACUACAAGGUYGACGUUGCUGCCGGCAGCACGGUCGCGUUUAGCUCUUUCUUGAACGAGUCCGCUAGCUUCUCCGACCUGGCCUUGUUCGAGAAGGCUUUCAGUAUUCCCAGCCAGAAUGUUACCAAGACGGUCAUCCAGAAUGGAGUGUCUUACAACGUUAAUGACCAGAACCCUUUGACCGAACAAGAUGGAGAGGCCAACCUGGAUGUGCAAAACAUCAUCGGCCUCGCCGAUGGUCUGCCAGUUUCUGAAUACAUCACCGGCGGACUCCCAGACGAAUUCACGCCUGAUCUUCUCUACCCGAAUGCCUCGGUUCAAACAAACGAGCCCUACCUACAAUACUAUCAAUAUCUGCUCUCCCAGAAGAACGCGGAUCUCCCGCAUGUCAUCUCCAACUCGUAUGGCGAUCACGAGAACACCGUCCCGGAGAAUUACGCCAAACGUGUCUGCAACAUGAUUGGCAUGAUGGGUCUACGAGGACGUACGAUCCUCGAAUCCUCUGGRGACGAGGGUGUUGGUGCUGUCUGUCGUGCAAACGCUGAUGACCAGCAGCCGCAGUUCACUCCCCAAUUUCCAGGUACAUGCCCAUACGUGACAGCAGUCGGUGGCAGCCAGUUCAUGAGCCCGGUGGAAGCCUGGAAUGCCAGCUCGGGUGGUUUCAGCUUCUACUUCCCAACCGCUUUCUACCAGAAGUCUGCCGUGAACACCUACCUGACAGAACACAUCAGCCCCGAGACGAAGGAGUACUACUCCUCGAACGGCUAUGUUGACUUUGGUGGGCGUGGCUUCCCGGAUGUCACAGCUCACAGUUUGUAUCCUUAUGUCCUAACUUAUAUCAAUGGCACUGCGUCGCCGAAUGGUGGUACAUCUUCUGCAGCUCCAGCUGUUGCUGCCGUCAUUGCAUUGUUGAAUGAUGUCCGUUUCCGAGCCGGAAAGCCCGCUCUUGGUUUCAUUAAUCCCUUGCUCUACGGACUGAAUGGAGCUGGUCUCACGGAUAUUACCAAGGGCGCUGCGCUUGGAUGCAAUGGAACCGAUCUUCAGAAUGGUAUCGUAAUUGACGGUGCGGGCAUCAUCCCAUUCGCUUCGUGGAACGCGACAGCCGGCUGGGACCCUGCGACAGGGCUCGGUAUCCCCAACUUUGGAGAUCUGAAGGAGCUGAUUCUAUAG